GGGCGAAUGUAGGCACGCGCGUUCGGCACUGUAGUUUUUUGAGACAUCGUUUUUUUUUUUGCGCAGCAUCGUGAGAAGAAGAAAGGGGUUAACGCAUUUUCCUGUAAUCAAUCAAUCUCGAGAGAAAGAAAAUGGGGUACGUGCUUCGAGUGAGAUUAGCUUCGUUCUUCGCCGGUGCUGCAACGGCGUCGUUCGCUGGUCUCUACAUCCUUCAUAGGGAUUACAAGCUUGCUCACCAAUCCCAUACUCAACAGGUAAAUGGUCUCUACGAAUCACUAGACAGUCGAAUUUCUUCCCUGGAAAAACUGAAACAAACUGAAACUUCACAAUAGGCGGAAGCUGGAAGUUCUAUUUCACUCAUUUUAUGGCAUCUUAGCUUCCUCAACUUGUCACCAUAAAGUCUUCGGAUCAGUUCUGUAUCCGGAUGUAUUUUGGAUUUUUUUUUUUUGAACAAAUGUAUUUUGGAUUAUUAUUUUAGCUAAGUGAAUUUAUAGCUUUUAUCGCCAUUGCAUUUGGUGAUUAAUGAACAUUUGGGAUGGGAGACAUUUGCUAUCUAUAUUUGAAGCUGGGAAUUGCGUUUCUAUUUAGUUACUGCAAAUGGUUUGGAAAUAAAACGAUUACUUCAACACA